AAUUAAUAGUACGUUAUUAAUUGUAGAUCUUCUAUGGAUAAAGGUUAUAAGCGUAUACCACAAGUAAAAGCAACUAUUAUUAUGUAUAAUAAAAGAAAAAACGGAUGGUUGAAACGUAAACUUGUCCUAGGCAUUUGUUAUUUUUGUUAUUGACUGGUAGCUGUUACAAAUUCCUUUGGGGCGGCUGGCAUGCGAAGCCAGUUAUAGGAGAUUAGGAGUUGGAGCUGAUGGGGAGAAUAUUUCUGGUUGAUUUAGAUGGCAGGUGUUAUCGGUGCCGAUUCUGCGAUACCCCUCUCGCUCUCGCCGACGAUGUUCUUUCUCGGACCUUCAACUGUCGUAAAGGGAGGGCAUACCUAUUCAGCAACGUGGUGAAUGUAACAGUUGGGCCAGCAGAGGAGAGGAUGAUGCUUUCUGGUAUACAUACUGUGGAAGAUAUAUUUUGUUGUUGCUGUGGACAACUUCUUGGGUGGAAAUAUGUGGCAGCACAUGACAAAGGCCAAAAGUACAAGGAAGGAAAGUUUGUGCUCGAAAGAUGGAGGAUAGCUGAGGAGGUGACAGAAGAAUUUAAUUUAGAUGCUCGUCCUGGUUCAAGCGAUGGAGAAAGUCGUUAAGAAUAUGCUGCAAGAUGACAUACAACUUUUGGUUAAUGUAUAGUCUUCGGAGCCACAAGCUAUAAAUCUUUGAUGUGGUGGAUGAUCAUUAGCCUAUAUGCUGAAUAUUGAUGCCAAAUUUUGUUUGGAUACUUUUGAGGACUUCAACCAAUAUGGACAUACUAAACCAAAUAAAAAUUAAUAUUUAAUGAAUUUUUUUCUUUUGGGUUGUAA